CGAGUGUUGAAAGUGCGAGUGCGGAAGCUCCGCCGCGAGGGGCGGGGCCUGCGAGGGACAAAGGGAAGCGAGGCUGGAGCUGCGGGCGCGUUUUCUGCCCGCGGUGUCUCAGAUUCAUUCUUAAGGAACUGAGAACUUAAUCUUCCAAAAUGUCAAAAAGACCAUCUUAUGCCCCACCUCCCACCCCAGCUCCUGCAACACAAAUGCCCAGCACACCAGGGUUUGUGGGAUACAAUCCAUACAGUCAUCUCGCCUACAACAACUACAGGCUGGGAGGGAACCCGGGCACCAACAGCCGGGUCACGGCAUCCUCUGGUAUUACGAUUCCAAAACCCCCAAAGCCACCAGAUAAGCCGCUGAUGCCCUACAUGAGGUAUAGCAGAAAGGUCUGGGACCAAGUAAAGGCUUCCAACCCUGACCUAAAAUUGUGGGAGAUUGGCAAGAUUAUUGGUGGCAUGUGGCGAGAUCUCACUGAUGAAGAAAAACAAGAAUAUUUAAACGAAUACGAAGCAGAAAAGAUAGAGUACAAUGAAUCCAUGAAGGCCUAUCAUAAUUCCCCCGCAUACCUUGCUUAUAUAAAUGCAAAAAGUCGUGCAGAAGCUGCUUUAGAGGAAGAAAGUCGCCAGAGACAGUCUCGCAUGGAGAAAGGAGAACCUUACAUGAGCAUUCAGCCUGCUGAAGACCCAGAUGAUUAUGAUGAUGGCUUCUCAAUGAAGCAUACAGCCACUGCCCGUUUCCAGAGAAACCACCGCCUCAUUAGUGAAAUCCUUAGUGAGAGUGUGGUGCCAGACGUUCGGUCGGUUGUCACAACAGCUAGAAUGCAGGUCCUCAAACGACAGGUCCAGUCCUUAAUGGUUCAUCAGCGAAAACUAGAAGCUGAACUUCUUCAAAUAGAGGAGCGACACCAGGAAAAGAAGAGGAAAUUCCUGGAGAGCACAGAUUCAUUUAACAAUGAACUUAAGAGGUUGUGCGGGUUGAAAGUAGAAGUGGAUAUGGAAAAAAUUGCAGCUGAAAUUGCACAGGCAGAAGAACAGGCUCGCAAAAGGCAGGAGGAAAGGGAGAAAGAGGCAGCAGAGCAAGCUGAACGCAGUCAGAGCAGUAUUGUUCCUGAGGAAGAACAAGCAGCUAAUAAGACUGAAGAAAAGAAGGAAGACGAGAGCAUUCCAAUGGAGACAGAGGAGACACACCUUGAAGAAACGACGGAAAGCCAACAGAAUGGCGAAGAAGGCACGUCUACUCCUGAGGACAAGGAGAGUGGGCAGGAGGGGGUGGACAGUAUGGCAGAGGAAGGGACCAGUGACAGUAACACUGGCUCGGAGAGCAACAGUGCAACAGUGGAGGAGCCACCAACAGAUCCCAUACCAGAAGAUGAGAAAAAAGAAUAAACGUUGCCUUGUUUUAUGUGUUCUAAAUACUUUUUUAAAUGAAAAAAUGUUUUUUGAGUUUUAA